UUUCUGUUGAUGUGAUUCAGUUUUGAAGAAACCCAUCCAUAAAUCUUGCUAUAGAUUUUUGGCCGGAGUUCUUACAAAGCCACCGGCGAUUUUCCCAACAAUUCAGGCCAUUUCUGUAUCUUUCAUUACGUCGGACCAUCAAAAUGGUUCAAAUGGAGUUCCUGGGAAUGGACUUCAGCUGCGUGUUUGGAUCGUUAAGUGACGGCAAGUUCCCUGAAAAGGACUGCCUGCUUCCUUUGAUUUCUAAGCUCCUAGGUUACGCCAUCGUCGCUGCCUCCACCACCGUUAAACUGCCUCAGAUUAUGAAGAUCAUGCAACAUAAAAGUGUAAGAGGUCUUAGCGUUAUGGCCUUUGAAAUGGAAGUGGUUGGUUAUACCAUUGCUUUGGCAUAUUGUCUUCACAAAGGUCUCCCAUUUUCAGCUUAUGGAGAGUUAGCCUUUCUUCUGAUCCAAGCUAUAAUCUUAGUUGCAACCAUAUAUUAUUUCUCUCAGCCUGUCAGUAACUCAACAUGGAUCCGUGCUCUGCUAUAUUGUGGGAUAGCACCAACAAUCUUAGCUGGGAAAAUUGAUCCCCUUCUUUUUGAAGCCCUAUAUGCAUGCCAGCAUGCAGUCUUUUUCUUUGCCAGGGUCCCUCAAAUUUGGGAAAACCUUAAAAACAAAAGCACAGGGGAGCUUAGCUUCAUAACUUCAUUUAUGAAUUCUCUUGGCUCUAUAGUAAGAGUUUUCACCAGCCUCCAAGAAGGAGCCCCAACAAGUGUUGUGAUGGGUUCUGUUAUCGGGAUAUUGACAAACGGUGCAAUCUUAACCCAAAUCAUCAUGUACCAGAAGCCACAGCCACCCAAGAAAGUGAGGAAGAAAGCAGAUUAGAUCAUACCACCACCACCAUCUUUAUAUUUCCAAGUUUUACACCUGUUUGUUUCUAUCUAGUAUUUCCAAAAAUGUUUAUUAUCUUUGAUUGUUCUCUUUCUCACAUCAGUGAUCAGACUAGUCAACUCAAAUACUUAUACAACGCUUCGGUAUUUAUUUUCAUCAUCAUGAUAUAUAAAAAGAAAAAACAAUCUUUUGACAUAAAUAUUUAUACCCAACAUAAAAAGCAACAUAAUCAUUUUGACAACAUCUCUUUCCUAAUGACUUUGUGAAGCCGAAGCGCCAUUAAAGCUUGACCACCGUCUCAAAGUGCAAGAAACUAAAUUUCUCCCAGAUGUAAGCCCCAACCUUGCCUUCAAUGAUGUUGACCUCCUGUUACUGCUAGAACCACCAUUAGCACCUCCUCCAAUGUCACUAGCUGCUGGUGGUGGUUGUUGGUCCUCCACCACCACCUCAACGGUUGCAUUCUGGUUUUGAUUUUCAACCACCAAAGCAUCCAAAUUCACAGCUAAUGAUUCCCGGCUAGCUCUCAACCAGCCUACACCGUCACAGGUGACUCCCUUGCACUUCUUCACCUUCACCUUCACCAAAUUAGGGCACCCAAGUGCUAAAGCUUCCAUUCCAUGAUCAGAGACAGGGCAACUCUUGAUACAUAGCUUCCUCAACGCCGUGCAUUUAGCAGCUAUGCAAGAAAUCUCGACAUCACCUAUGGUUUCACUCCCACAUAACGCCAAUCGCUCUAGCUUCUGGCAGUUUGAAGCCAAUGGCGAUAUACUUACACGGGUAAGAUUCACACCGAUAAGUACCAGCUCUUGAAGGUUAGUGCAGUAUUUUGCUACACUGAUCAAACCUUCAUCGUUAAUCUUGUUUGUUUUCCACCCGUCGAUAUGAACCUUCCUCAGAAGCUUACACUUCUCCGCCAUAGACGAUAGCCCCAAAUUAGUACAUUCAGGUGUUUUUAUGAGGUGAAGGAUUUCUAGAUUUUCACAAUUCGAAAGGGCUGCAAGACCAAUAUCGGUUACCUGAAGCCUCUCCAGAUGCAUCUCACUCAAUCCCUUGAUGUUAUUCGUAACAAGUUUCAGAACCCCAUCCCACUCUCCGGAACAUCUGAAAAGUCUUAGGGUUCUAAGAUUUUUGGAUCCGAUUAUCAGCGGAGCAAAACAUUGUCCGUUGUAGAGAUCCUUCAAAGAAAUCAUCUUAAGAGACGAUGACGCUGAACCAGGUCUAAUCGGCUCCGUCGAGUCUCCAUCGGCGAUGCCGCGUAGCCGCUUCACCGAUAAAUCUUCCAGGGACGAGCAAUUAUCGACUACAGCGUUCAUUCCUUUAGCUCCAAAAGUGCAUGAUCCAACCGACAGCUUCUUCAAUUUCUUACAAUUCAUGGCAAAACUCUCCAUGCCUGAAUCCGUUAACUGUCGGCACGAUCGGAGCUUAAGGCGGGUAAGGUUUUGACAACGAAGAGAGAUUAGAAUGAGAGCAUCAUCGCCGAUGCUCACCGAUCUACGGUCGCAUUUGAGAGAAAGCUUCGUGACGGCGUCAAACCGAGAAAAAAGCGAUGGCACCGCAGAUAGGAGGUCCGAUUGGGCAUUAAGGGAGAGUCGGUGACGACUCUGUCCCUCGACCUCGAGCCAACGCCGGCAAACGAGCGAAGAUCGUUUCCGAUCGCCUGGUGCAAGGAACUGAAAAACGCAAGCCAAACAAUCAUCUGGAAGAUUCGAUAUACCGUUGGCAACACAAAGACCAUCGUCAAUCUUUUUCCCCAUUAAAGGAGAAAGAAAGACCGACAAAUCUUGUUGCGCCAUUGAUCCACAACUUUGAUAAAUAACGUCGUUUCGACGGCAGCUGGGGACUCCGGCAGUGGAUGAAGGCAACUGGCCCAUCCACGGCGGAGAAAUAUUCUCCGGCAGCCGCAGAAAGACAAAGGAAAUGACUGUUCCUUGAAUCGCGUAUUUAUUGGAUGCCAAUCUUCAACGUCGGGCUUCCGGGCC